AUGUUAUGUUGGCUUCUAAAAAGUAAAGUAAAUGAGCAGGAAAGUCGACACGAGUACAAAGAAAGUGGAAAUUUACUUGCACAGUUUAAGAAUGCCACAUUUUGCCAAUUUUCACCGAUUCAUGACAUCAGCAUCAUCCAACCUGUUCUUUUGAUAAGUCGUACUUACAAAACGACUAUAGAAUUUGUAUAUGUGCGAAUAGGGGGAUAUUUAAAUGCUUAUUUACCUUUCUUAAUAGAAGCAGAUGCACUUCUUUGGGAAUCUCGAGUUGUUCAAACACCAGAGACACCAUCUUCUUUUUUAAUUUUUUGCUUCCUUAAAAUCGGUAAUUUGUUUACACCAUGGAUUGGGGCUUAUGAGUAUUCUGCGUUACCUCAUUUUAAAAAAUAUUCGUAUCUACUCUACUGCUUCUUUUAUUUAAGGUUGUGUGUUCGACAAGGAGUUUUUAAAAUAAUUGCUGACAAGAAUUUUCCUGCUUUACUAAACCAGCUGAGUUUUCGUUUAAAGGGAUUGACAAUUUUAGCUCAAGCCGAUUACUUGGAUCAAAUUAAUUACUCUGUCGUUACUAACCCCAAAAAACCAUCAAGACUCUUACACGUCAGGAAGGAUAAUGCCACAGAUGAACACAUCACUUCAGUACAUCUCGACAAAUCUAGUCCUAUCAGGUGA